AUGGAUACAAAUCUUAGCAAUGGUGGCAGAGCUUCUAUAAUGGUGGUUUGGGCUUCUAGAAAGAAAAACUCACAAUUUUUCAUUGAAAAAUCUUCUAAACUUGCAGUAACCUCACCAAAAUGUGCCCAGGAAUCUUUUGGAAUUUUGGAAGUCCUGUCAGACUUGCAAAAAGACUCUGUAAUUUAUGUAAUUGGUUGUGAAUAUUAUUACGCACAAUGUUUAAGAGUAGAACAAAGUGAAACAGGCUGGAUAAAGGGAAGAAAGAAAAUGGGAAUGUUAAAAAGGUUUACUUGUUUAAAUGUUACUUCUGGUCCAACUGCUGCUUUGCCAUACAGUAAAUCACAGGCUGAUGUACCAGUUGAAAUUGUCCCACUGCCCAUGGGCUCCGGAUUCAGUCUUUCCUUCAUGGGCUUUUGUGAGAUUUUAUACAUGUCUAGAGAGGUGCAAGUUGAGACCAACUGUGCAAGCCCCAGCAGCGGAAGAACUGGAACUAGCGGAGUGGCCAGAAUGAAGAAAGUUAGAGGUGUGGUAGUGCUGGUGAUGUUGCUAUCCUCUUUGUGGUACUCUGAGGACUCCUGGCUCAGGCUCUUUGCUCGAUUUCUGCUGAAGUUCCUAGGUUUCGUCUUCUGGGGCACUGCUGCAGCUCUGGCCUUUGGUGGAGUUUGGUGGAUCCUCAUUUGCAAGGACUAUGGAUAUUUAUUUCAGGAAUUUUUCUUGUCUCUGCCUGGCUGUCUGGCUGUUGCGGCUGCAAUUAUCCUGCUACCUACUGGAGUUUUGGCUAUCUCUGUUUCUGCUAAGUGUUCCCGCUAUAAGCAAGGGGCUCUCAUGUACUUGCUGCUGGUCCUUCUUUACCUAGAAAUGUCUUUGGCAGUUCUGGCACAGAUCUACUCUAUUUGGAUGGCUUCUGAGCUGAAAAGCUCUAUAGGUUACCUUGUCUAUCACUACAAUGGGACACGCUCCCAGGCUCCUGGCAACAGCACUAUGGAUGUGAUACAGAGGAAGCUGCAGUGUUGUGGGGCCCAAAACUACACAGACUGGCUAAAGGAAACAGCUGCUUCUUGGCAUCUUCCAGCUGAAAAAGCUUAUGUACCUGAAAGCUGCUGUAAGGAGGAGUAUUCUCACUGCAGGGGUGACUUAGGCCAUCUGGAGCAGUUUUUUCAGGAAGGCUGUCUAAAGAAGCUGGAAGACCAGUUGCAUUUUGUCAUGGUCUACAUGUUUUGGUGCUGUAUCGUUGUAAGUGUCUUGGAGCUGUUGGCUGGUGUCAGCAAUGGCAUCCUCAUGAAACAUCAGCCUUUCCACAACCUCCGAUUUCUGGAGUCAUCUAACUUCUUGUAG